GGAGUGGGGGCAGUGGGUCCAGCUGGGCCUUCCCUCCCCUCCUGGCCUUUCCGUGGCUUCAUCCCUGCUCAUGUGUCCCAGGCAGGACUAUGGCAUCUGCAGCAGCAGAGGCGGAAAAGGGGUCUCCAAUUGUGGUGGGGAUGCUGGUCUUGGGCAACAUCAUUAUUCUGCUGUCAGGUCUGGCUCUGUUUGCUGAGACAGUAUGGGUAACAGCUGACCAGUACCAUGUGUACCCACUGAUGGGCGUCUCAGGCAAGGAUGAUGUCUUCGCUGGUGCCUGGAUCGCCAUCUUCUGCGGCUUCUCCUUCUUUGUCGUGGCCAGCUUUGGAGUAGGUGCAGCGCUCUGCCGCCAGCGGUCCAUGAUCCUCACGUACCUGGUGCUCAUGCUCAUCGUCUACAUCUUCGAGUGCGCCUCCUGCAUCACGUCCUACACCCACCGAGACUAUAUGGUGUCCAACCCAUCCCUGAUCACCAAGCAGAUGCUGACAUUCUAUAGUGCAGACACGGAGCAGGGCCAAGAACUGACUCGCCUCUGGGACCGCAUCAUGAUUGAGCAAGAGUGCUGUGGCACAUCUGGUCCCAUGGACUGGGUGAACUUCACAUCAGCCUUCCGGGCUGCCAUCCCAGAGGUGGUAUUUCCCUGGCCCCCACUGUGCUGUAGACGGACUGGCAACUUCAUCCCCGUCAAUGAACAGGGCUGCCGUCUGGGCCACAUGGACUACCUAUUCACCAAGGGCUGUUUUGAACACAUUGGCCACGCCAUCGACAGCUACACGUGGGGCAUCUCGUGGUUUGGAUUUGCCAUCCUGAUGUGGACACUCCCUGUGAUGCUGAUAGCCAUGUAUUUCUACACUACACUGUGAGGAACGAGAAGGGAUGGCUUCACGUACACCUCAGCCUCCUCCUUCUCCUGCUCCUUCGUCCUCCGGCUGAGGCUUGGCUGGCACCUCAUCUCUCCACUUUCCACCUCCCUUACCCUUUCCUCUUUCUACUCCUAGUAUAUUUUACCAGGUUUCUGAGGUCUGCUAGGAACUGAGGAUGCCCUGAAACCCCUGAACAUGUGUACAUGGACCUUUAACCCUUAACCUCAUUUCAUUUGGUUGAUUCUUGAACUAUCUAUCAGUGUCAAUUUAAAGUCUUGUCCUUAGAUCUCACCAUCCCACUCAGAGAUGUCUCCUUCCUGGUGGAUGUUGCCAUUAUUACUGAGUGGUUUAUGAUGAUCUAUGUAAGCUCUGGUAGACUGGGAUUGCUAUGAGGGGAGAGACAAGUUCUGUCAUGGUCAUUUAUUUUCCCCAGCAUUGCCCAGCACUGGACUGAGUAUAGAUAGUCAAUAAAUACUGUUUGAAUGAGUUAAUUUGUUUUCUUCUGGGAAAGAUGAAUGAACAAGAACUCUAUCAAUGGAAGUGGCAGAAACCCAAUUGGCACUGACUGAAAUAUAAAAUGAAAUUUAUUGGCUCAUGUAACUGAGUUAACAGGGCUGGAUCCAGGAGUUCAGACUAGGUUUUCAAGAAACCUGCUUCAUACUAAGACAGGAUUUCUCUGCAACACCAGAUGUAUAUCAUUAUAGCUAAGUAACACAGUGGUGAGAAAGGAUCUAUGUCCCAAUAGCUUUAGCCAAGGUCAAGGAUUAAACCUCACUGCCUUGGUUUAGGUUCCAGGCCCACCCUUUAGUUAUAAAAGGAAGAGCACCUGGACUAAUGCAUCCAAAGGUGGUGCUGCGAUAGUGUUUGUUUAUCAAGGGAAAAUUAGAUUUCAGGGCUGAUGGACCAGUAUAGGUGAUAGAUAUCCUCCUAUUAGGGACUAAAGCUUCCGGCAAGUUCUCUAAGGGGUGCAUGACACACAACAAACUUUAAGAAUCUCAUCAUCAUUUGCCUCUUGAAGCAAGCCCAUCCUCUGGACAUUUUAUAGCAAUUAGGCUCUGCCAGGAGAGACUGGCUUCACUCUCCAUCAUACAAAGUUUCUCAAGGUCCUCAUUUACUCCAUUGAUCUGUCGAUGGUGUGCAAA